AUUCCACGCGUUGUCCAACCUACCACUCUUAACGAAAUAUAUUCUCUCUCUCGACUACCUAGAAGUUCGGAUUGAAGCGCCGGUUUUAUCUUCACAACGUAAGAAAGCUAAUUUCACAAAUGCGAACACCCCCGACCUUUAUUCUGGGAGUGGUUUCGUUGUCCAAAUUUCUUGGUCGUCAAAGGGGUCUGCCGUCUGCCUCUUUGGCACAAUGGACGUGAGAGUUGGGCUCUUACUUCUUGUAGUGUUGGGUGCUAGUUGGGCUUGUGAUGCCAGACAACUGGUGAGCACUGAGUUGCAUCGUGGGAAUGGAAUUGAGAUAUCAGUUAUGGAGAUCAAUUACCAGGAUCAUGAUAUCAAAGUUCAAAGUAUGGAGGAUGUUUUAGGGAAUGACAAAGUAUGUACAUUGUGUGAGGAGUUUGCUUCCAAGGCACUGGAUUACUUUGCUGAAAACAAGACCCAGACUGAGAUCCUUGCUAUCCUCCAUCUAGCCUGCUCUCAGGUUGGCUUGUUCAAACGGGAGUGCAUCACUUUGGUGGACUAUUAUGCUCACCUCUUCUUUUUAGAGGUUUCCACUUUACAACCUGAAGAAUUCUGCCGAAAAUUCAAUCUCUGUCAACAAAUUGCUAUGGUUUCUUCUCAAUUUCAUGAAGACAGCUGUGGGCUUUGCCACCGUGCUGUUUCAGAAAUAGAAGUUAAGUUGAAAGAUCCUGACACACAGCUAGAGAUCGUUGAGUUGCUUUUGAAGGCAUGCAAUUCCAUGGAGAACUAUGCGAAAAAGUGCAAGAAGAUGGUUUUCGAGUAUGGACCUCUAAUCCUAGCCAAUGCAGAGAAAAUGCUGGAAACAACAGACAUGUGCACCACGCUUCAUGCCUGCAAUUCGCCUGCAGCUAGUAGCAAUGAAGCAUCACACUCGAUAAAAGUAUCUGUGCUAGCCGAUUCUUAGUUAUGGCAGCAAAUAUCCGACGGAGUGAAAAUGCACAUUGGGACGAUCUUUAUUCUACCGUUCAAUGUGUGUAUGUAUAAUAAUACAACGUCAUGAUCAUGGUGCUUGUGUUGUACAUUAUGUGCUCUAUCCCAAUCUACUGCUUACACGAAAGCUAUUUUAUCUCAUAAUGUUCCAUAGUUCUAGGAUAUCCCAUUUUCCUAAGGUGAUGAGUUUUGUUAUCUGAAAGCAGACACCAAUGGAUAUUUUUUUCAGUAUUGACCGAGUAAUAAUACACUGAGAAGGAUAGAUGAAAAAUACUUUCAGCAA